GAUCCAGAGCAAAACAAGAUCUUCCAGUGGUUGGACGUCACAUCUGAGCACGGAAUUGUCCAGCUCUCCUUUCCACUAAUCCCAGAGCCUAUUCUGGGGUCCUACCACAUCACUGUGGAGAAGAAGUCGGGUGAAAAAGAGUACCAGUCCUUCUGGGUGGAGGAAUAUGUGCUGCCGAAAUUCGAAGUGACAGCCAGCGUGCCGGAGAGGAUCUCUUUCUUUGAUGAAGAACUCAGGGUGAACGUUUGUGGUUCGUACACUUACGGCCAGCCGGUGCAAGGGAACGCCCAGAUCAACGUGUGUCAGCAGCACUUCUAUAGUCCACGAUGCGAGCAAAAGCGGAAAGAAACCUGCAAAGCUGUCACUGGACUGCUGGGGAAGGAUGGCUGCCUCAACACUGUCGUCUCCAUCAAAACGUUCCAGCUCUACCGCAGCUAUGGCAGGAUGUACACCAGCCUCAACGUAGAAAGCAUCGUCACCGAAAAUGGGACAGGUAUCCAGAUGAAAGACAAUGACUAUGUUGCAGUCAACCAAGAAAAUGACAGAAUGAUGUUCAAGAAUAUGGAUCUCUAUUACAAGAGGGGAAUUCCUUACUAUGGUGAGAUCGCUGUGACGAAUAUGGAUGGCCAGCCUGUUGCUGAUAGGACUGUCCUGCUGGAGCUCAACGAAAAAUACCUGGCCAAUUAUACCACUGACAAGGACGGCACUGCUGCUUUUUCCAUCGACACGUCUGACUUCUUCGAUCCCAGUUUUAAGUUGAGAGUCAGGCAGGCACCAGAUGACUGUGCAGACUUCUUCACCUGGGGGAACGAUAAUGAGCCCCAAGCCUUGUUCUUUGUCCGCCGUUUCUACUCACGGACCAACAGCUUUGUGAAAAUCGAGCCGGUGAGGGAGAAGCUGAGCUGUGGCCAGCAGCAAACGGUCAAUGUUCACUAUGUCCUGAACAGAGAGGGCUACAGGAAUUCCAACCACACCAACUUCUACUAUGUGGUGAUGACAAAAGGAAAAAUUAUUCUCAGUGGCCAGAAGCAAGUCAGCAUCUCUGGUGAUCCCAGAGGUACCUUCUCCAUCACACUGACUGUCACUGAGAAGCUUGCCCACAGUGCCAGGCUGUUGCUUUACACGGUACAUCCUCAUGGAGAGAUCGUGGCUGACAGCACUUGGAUACACAGUGACGUGUGCUUCAAAAACAAGCUCCAGCUCAAGUUCUCUGAGCAGCAAGGUCUCCCAGGCUCUGAAGUCAGUCUCCACCUUGAAGCUGCUGCCAACUCCUUCUGUGCACUGCGAGCCGUGGAUCAGAGCGUCCUCCUCCUUCAGCCUGAGCGAGAGUUAUCCGCUGAGAGCGUGUACUACAGACUUCGUGUGUGGGAUUUAUAUGGCUAUUACUACAAGGGGCUCAACCUGGAAGACGACAAGCCAGAGGAAUGUACUCCAGUCAGAACCACCUUUUUUGAUGGCUUGUACUAUGAACCCGUGAAUGUCAGCCGUGAUGGCGAUGCCUACAAGGUUUUCAGGGAUAUGGGCCUGAAGGUUUUCACCAACUCUGUGCUGCGGAAGCCGGUUCUGUGCAAUGAGGGCAAAUCAGAUACGGAAGAUCAUCCGGCCUAUUUUCACCAUGGUGGUGGCUAUGACGCAGAUGAGUCAAGGAUUCUUGGUGGGAGCCCUGUCAACACUGUUCGGAAGUUCUUCCCCGAGACCUGGAUUUGGGAUCUGGUUCAAACUGAUUCCAGGGGAGAGGUCGAUGUCUUUUACACUAUUCCUGACACCAUCACAGAAUGGAAAGCCAGUGCCUUCUGUGUGCAGGAUGAUGCUGGGUUUGGCAUCUCCUCACCCGUUUCACUGAGAGCAUUCCAACCGUUCUUCGUGGAUCUCACCUUGCCGUACUCUGUCAUUCGAGGGGAAAAAUUUAAUUUAAUAGCCCAUGUCUUCAACUACCUCCACAAAUGCAUCCAGAUCAGUGCCAUCCUAGCAAACUCGAGCGACUAUAAGGCAGAAAUCCUUUCACCAGAAGGUGAUACAGCAAGGCUGUGUGCCAAUGAAAGAAAGACCUACAUUUGGGCUGUUAGCCCCCAGAAACUCGGUGAGGUGAAAUUCACAAUUACUGCUGAGGCCAAACUGGGUACCACAGGUACUGGAAACAGCACAUCCCCAGAAGAGGAGACGAUUCGCACGGACACCCUGAUCCAAACCCUACUCGUUGAGCCUGAAGGUAUCAAAAAAGAAUUGACUCAGAGCUCUCUCGUCUGCACGAAAGGCAUAACGACUUCUGAACCAGUCUCUCUCAGCCUGCCAAGAAACAUAGUGCAGGGAUCAGCCAGAGCUUAUUUUUCUGUCAUUGGAGACAUUUUGGGUACAGCCCUGAGGAACAUGGAGAACCUCCUCCACAUGCCUUAUGGCUGCGGAGAACAGAACAUGGCCUUGUUCACACCCAACAUCUACGCCCUGGAUUAUCUGAACAAGACUGGGCAGCUGACUGAAGAGAUUAGAGUCAAGGGUACUGGAUAUUUAUCCUCAGGGUACCAAAAACAGCUAUCUUACAAACACCGGGAUGGAUCCUACAGCUCCUUUGGGACACGAGAUAGGGAAGGGAGUGUAUGGCUCACCGCCUUCGUGUACAAGUCGUUUGCACAAGCCACACGCUACAUCUACAUUGACGACAAUGUCCAGUCUCAAGCUUUAAUCUGGCUGGCAAGCAAGCAGAAGUCAGAUGGCUGCUUUGAAAAUGCUGGGUCACACUUCAACAAUGCUUUGAAGGAUGGAGAAGGUGAAUACUCACUCACAGCCUACGUUGUGGCGGCGUUGCUGGAGGCUGGACACUCUGCUGCG